UCAUAAUCAUUUGAGAAAAAAGAAGAAGAGUCUCUCUUCUUUUGUUUCUGAUGGCUACAGAACAAGAAGCUGCAGUUGGAAGAGAGACUUCUUCUGUUUCCACAAGAUUUACAAGGAACAGAGAUCUAUACCUCUUUUUGCCUUCCCUCUUAGACUUCUCAGAUGGAAACGAUAACGUUGUUUCGUGGCGUGAGAGAAUCAUUCUAGUCAACCCUUUUACACAAGGAAUGAUCGUCCUCGAGGAGUCAUCAUCAGGGUUGAAUCCUCUCCUUCGUGACUUACUUGACUCACGCGAGGAAGGUCAUCCUCCAGCGUCCAAGGCUUCCAUCGAUGCGAUGCGGGUCGUUGAUACCGACAGCUGCGAAACUGAGUGUGUGAUCUGUUUGGAGGGAUGGAAGGAGGAGGAAACGGUGAAGGAGAUGCCGUGUAAGCAUAGGUUUCAUGGAGGUUGCAUAGAGAAAUGGCUAGGGUUUCAUGGGUCGUGUCCUGUUUGUAGGCACGAGAUGCCUGUGGAGGGAGAUGAGGUUGAGAAGAAAAGAAACGAUUGGAGAGAGAUUUGGGUUAUGUUUAGUUCUGAUGGUGGUCGGAGAGUUAGAGAUUCUUCUGGUCAUGACGGAAAUGGUAAUACUGCUGGAUCUGGUGGCACAUGAUGUGUUUUUGAUUCCUAGAACUAGGGUUUAAAAUAAACUUAUGUAAAAAGCCUUGUGCCUUUUUUUUUAUUUUCUUCCAUGAAGACUUAGGGUUUUUGUUUCUUGAAUUUCAUGUAUUUAAUUUUGGUAUUUUCAAAAACUUUUUUAGUUUUCCACCCACAAGAA